UGGGCUUCAGGGGAAGGCAGCUCCCGGCACUGGCCACGGACGCACAGUUGGCCGGAGGGGGUCAGGCAGCAGGUCAUGGCGGCGGGAUCCAGGUUUGGCGGUAGCGGCAUUUGCUGGUGCACCUUCUGCGCCACGCGGAAGCUGCUCCCAUCUGGUCUGCAACCCUCCAGCUGCCGCUGGCCGGUCACCAUCAGGCAUCCACCGUCCACUUGAACGACCAGCUCCUCAGGGGUGAAGCCGUGGGCAUACACCUUCAUCUGGAAACCCUCCUCCGCAUGGACGUUGUCCCGCACAGCUGCCAAAUCGUCCGUGAGCUGCUGUACCGGUAGAGUGGCCACAGGGUUCUGUUCAGCGAAGGCUGCGCUGGGACAUCGGGAUGCCACCUGGCUCCCGUUGGGGAGACUGCUACCGACCCACUGCAUCCGAGUGAGCAACUGCUGUUGAAGGGCGCGAGGCUCCGAAGGUAGCGCUCUGACCAAGGACUCCCGGAGAGGAGUCCCUCGAGGCUCCACGCGGCUCUACUCCCACUCGCGUGGCUCCGCUCUGUUAAGGGGCCUCCCUUGGCUUCCCGCGAGGUUCACUUCUGCAGAGCUUGUGGUCAGCAAUGCACGCAUGUCCCACCUCCACGGGUUAGCAGCCACCCUGGUGUGCCCACUGCUGCUUUUGUCCCGGAUCCUGCCCCUUUCUUGGGCCUUUUCCCCAUCUCCGUCAGCCCGCGGGCGGCCAGGGCUGUGACCCAAACGGAUAAGCCAAAGGAGGCUGGCAGUGCAUAAACCUGACCCUGGAGCGGUCACCAGCACAGAGAGGAGAUGAGAUUGAGGCAAUAUUCCAAGUAUCAGGCCUGGGGGCAAACAGGAUUGUCCCCUGAACAGAGCCAUCAGAGUAUGACUGCGGGGUCAUCCAUUCUGGGAAGAUCCUGCCCUUCUCUGACCACGCCCAAUCCUGCGGCACGCUGGGAUUGGGAGGUGGACGCGCCUUCCUGGCCCCAGGCUUAAUAUGGCAGGCUCAGAGCUGUGCUCUGGGACUGCAGAGAUAAGGAUGUGGGCCCUGCCUGAUAGAUGCCCACGGGGUAAGGGGAGAGUCCUUCCCAUGCACCCUCCUCUGCCUCUACUUCAUUCCCACCGCGGUAGCCUUUUUCGUUACUACGGCCAUGACUCUGGCGCUCAGUACUUGGUUAUAAUAAACCCCUUUUGUUAAAGUAUAACGUACAUAAAAGUGCGCAAAACACACCCGUGUAACCACUUCACAAGUCAAGAAAUAGAGCUGCUUGUUGCCUUUUAAUCGCCACUGUAGCUGCACUUCUGUGUCUGGAGACGUGGGAUAGGGCCAAAGUGGGGAAGGAGGGAGAUGUGCAAGAAGCCAACUUGACUACAGGCCCCAGAUCAGCAUUUCCAUCCUCCAGCUUGGGAGGUGAUUCCUCGAACAGAAGAUUGUUUUCUGGGAUGCUUCUCCUUGCCCCAAGUAGGCAGCAAUCUUGACUAUCCUGGGAGCCUUCGAUAGAGUUUACAAGUGAGGAGUCAAUCUGGGGUGCUGGCUCGGGACUCACUUAGCUGUCCCGGAUCAAGAGACAGGACAGAAAAGUCUGGAAGCUGGAGGCAAAAGGAGCGGCCGCGAAAGACUACAACUCCCAUCGUGCUCCGGGGCAGCGACGCCUGCGCACUGAGCGCCGGUUGCCCAUGCGGCCCUAGGGCUGGGAGCGCCGAGCCGCGCUCCGCUGCGGGGGAAGCCAUGGCGGAACCUUCCCAGUCCUCGACCCCGGCCCCGGCCGCGCAGCCCCGACCCCUUCAGUCCCCAGCCCCUGCCCCAACUCCGACUCCUGCCCUCAGCCCGGCUUCAGCCCCGACUCCAGCUCCCACUUCGGCACCAGCCCCCGCCCCAGCUGCAGCCCCAGCCGGGAGCACAGGGACGGGGGGGCCCGGGGUAGGAAGUGGGGGUACCGGGAGCGGGGGUGAUCCGGCUCGACCUGGUCUGAGCCAGCAGCAGCGCGCCAGCCAGAGGAAGGCGCAAGUCCGGGGGCUGCCGCGCGCCAAGAAGCUUGAGAAGCUAGGGGUCUUCUCGGCUUGCAAGGCCAAUGAAACCUGCAAAUGUAAUGGCUGGAAGAACCCCAAGCCUCCCACUGCACCCCGCAUGGACCUGCAGCAGCCUGCUGCCAACUUAAGCGAGCUGUGCCGCAGCUGUGAGCACCCCUUGGCUGAUCAUGUGUCCCACUUGGAGAACGUGUCAGAGGAUGAGAUUAACCGGCUGCUGGGGAUGGUGGUGGACGUGGAGAAUCUGUUCAUGUCUGUUCACAAGGAAGAGGAUACAGACACCAAGCAGGUCUAUUUCUACCUCUUCAAGCUCCUGCGGAAAUGCAUCCUGCAGAUGACCCGACCCGUGGUGGAGGGGUCCCUGGGCAGCCCCCCAUUUGAGAAACCUAAUAUUGAACAGGGUGUGCUGAAUUUUGUGCAGUACAAGUUUAGUCACCUGGCUCCCCGUGAGCGGCAGACGAUGUUUGAGCUCUCAAAGAUGUUCCUGCUCUGCCUUAACUACUGGAAGCUUGAGACACCUGCUCAAUUUCGGCAGAGGUCUCAGGCGGAGGAUGUGGCCACUUAUAAGGUCAAUUACACCAGAUGGCUCUGUUACUGCCACGUGCCCCAGAGCUGCGAUAGCCUCCCCAGGUACGAGACCACUCACGUCUUUGGGCGGAGCCUUCUCCGCUCCAUCUUCACCGUUACCCGGCGACAACUACUGGAGAAGUUCCGGGUGGAGAAGGACAAGCUAGUGCCCGAGAAGAGGACCCUCAUUCUCACCCACUUCCCCAAAUUCCUGUCCAUGUUGGAGGAGGAGAUCUAUGGGGCAAACUCUCCAAUCUGGGAGUCAGGCUUCACCAUGCCUCCCUCAGAAGGGACCCAGCUGGUGCCCCGGCCAGCUACUGUCAAUGCCGCGGUUGUCCCCAGUGCCCCCAUCUUCAGCCCCACCAUAGGUGGGAGCAGCAAUAGCUCCUUGAGCCUGGAUUCUGGAGGGGCUGAGCCCAUGCCAGCAGGCGAGAAGAGGAAGCUCCCAGAGAACCUGACCCUGGAGGAUGCCAAGCGGCUCCGAGUGAUGGGCGACAUCCCCAUGGAGCUAGUCAACGAGGUCAUGCUCACCAUCACUGAUCCCGCUGCCAUGCUGGGGCCUGAGACCAGCCUGCUGUCGGCCAACGCAGCCCGGGAUGAGACCGCCCGCCUGGAGGAGCGCCGCGGCAUCAUCGAGUUCCACGUCAUCGGCAACUCACUCACACCCAAGGCCAACCGGCGGGUGUUGCUUUGGCUCGUGGGGCUACAGAAUGUCUUCUCCCACCAGCUGCCACGCAUGCCCAAGGAGUACAUCGCCCGCCUUGUCUUUGACCCGAAGCACAAGACUCUGGCUUUGAUCAAGGAUGGGCGGGUCAUUGGUGGGAUCUGCUUCCGCAUGUUUCCCACCCAGGGCUUCACGGAGAUUGUCUUCUGUGCUGUCACCUCAAACGAGCAGGUCAAGGGCUAUGGGACUCACCUGAUGAACCACCUGAAGGAGUAUCACAUCAAACACAACAUUCUCUACUUCCUCACUUAUGCUGACGAGUACGCCAUUGGCUACUUCAAAAAACAGGGCUUCUCCAAGGACAUCAAGGUGCCCAAGAGCCGCUACCUGGGCUACAUUAAGGACUAUGAGGGCGCGACACUGAUGGAGUGUGAGCUGAAUCCUCGGAUCCCCUACACAGAGCUGUCCCACAUCAUUAAGAAGCAGAAGGAGAUCAUCAAGAAGCUGAUUGAGCGCAAACAGGCCCAGAUCCGAAAGGUCUACCCUGGGCUCAGCUGCUUCAAGGAGGGUGUGAGGCAGAUCCCUGUGGAGAGCGUCCCCGGCAUCAGAGAGACGGGCUGGAAGCCGCUGGGGAAGGACAAGGGGAAGGAGCUGAAGGAUCCGGACCAGCUCUACACGACCCUCAAAAACCUGCUGGCCCAGAUCAAGUCCCACCCCAGUGCCUGGCCCUUCAUGGAGCCGGUGAAGAAGUCGGAGGCCCCAGACUACUACGAGGUCAUCCGCUUCCCCAUCGACCUGAAGACCAUGACCGAGAGGCUGCGCAGCCGCUACUAUGUGACCCGGAAGCUCUUUGUGGCCGACCUGCAGCGGGUCAUCGCCAACUGCCGCGAGUACAACCCCCCGGGCGAGUACUGCCGCUGCGCCAGCGCCCUGGAGAAAUUCUUCUACUUUAAGCUCAAGGAGGGCGGGCUCAUUGACAAGUAGUGGCUUUGGACCUCGGCCUCCACCUGCAGUGUCUCCUCCUCGGGUUCUCAUCUGAUUCCUGGGCUGCCCCUGUGCCCAGGUGCCCCUCUGCGUGAGACUCUCCAGCCAAGGGCCCUCGGGCUCCCCCAGGCCUGCAGCUCUGUCCCACCCUUGGGGAGGGGUCUCCUGGGUCUGGGGCCCAGCCUCUCUAGAGUGGCUGGUGGCCCUUAGCCCUGGUCCCCUCCAAGCUGUAGAGUCCUGGAGUCCUGGCCCUGGCCCAGGUCACUGUUUCCGCAAUGGCAGGAUUGCCAAUUUUCUCGAGUGAGGGGGCUUCAGGGGUUGGAAGUUCAACCUGGACUGGAGGAGCCAUGCUGCACCCUGCACUGCCCUGUCUGUCCCCCAGGGGUGGGGGGCAUGGGGACCAUUCAUUUCCUGGCAUUAAUCCCUUGGAGGGAACAAUAAAGUUUUGUUUUUUCUCUGUG